AUGGAAAAUAAUACCAUCAUCAAGACAUCUUUGGAUCCAAGAUCUACAUUUGAUAAAUAUGAGAAGAGACCCUUAAUCAAUGCAGUGACUACAGAAUCAUAUGAACCUAAACCACAAGCUCAUAAUUCAAAAAUUAUUAUUGAAUCUAUCAUACAUGGCUUUGAUAAUUUUCGCAAAUUUAGCAGAUUUUACGCAUUUAUGGGCCUUGUGGCAGGCUCAUUUUUUUCAUCACUCCUUGCCGUGGACAAUCUAUCACAAUUAUUUCCAACUUUUUUUAAUGGCUAUUUACAGUAUAUUGUACCACACUUCUUCAUGCAUCUCUAUAUUGUUGGAUUGAAUCAAUUAGCUGAUCUUGAAAUAGACAAGAUUAAUAAGCCAUAUCUUCCUUUAGCAUAUGGAGAAUUUUCUUUCACAAAUGGAGUUAUAACUGUGGCAUCAUUUUUAUUUCUGAGCUUUGGAUCUGCUUGGAUGAUAGGAUCAAAACCAUCGCUUUGGUCUCUUCUUGUCACUUUUGUGCUAAUGACAGCUUAUUCCAUUAAUUUACCUUUCUUAAGAUGGAAGAAAUCUACAACACUUACCGUAAUGGCUCAUGCAAUUGGGAUGACUACAUCAUUCAAUAUUGCAGCUUUUAUGCACAUGAAGACCUUUGUGCUGAAGAAGGCAACUACAUAUCCAAGAUCCCUAUUUUUGGCUACUGUUGUGAUGGCAAUAUUUUUUGCGGUUGUAGCAAUGGCAAAGGUAUUUUGGUUUUGUGUUUCACUUCUUGAAAUUGCUUAUGGAGCUGCUAUUCUAAUUGGAGCAUCAUCUCCUUUUUUAUGGAGUAAACUUUUUACGACUUGA